AUGAAGGGGGACAGAAUCUUUAUACCCAAGCCUAUGCAGCAGGAAGUGACACAGAGUCUUCAUGCAGGUCUUCAAGAAAUGACAAAGACACAACUCAAGGCAAGAAGAUGUGUUUACUGGGAUGGAUUGUCCAAAGUAAUUGGACAGAUAGUGAGCUCUUGCCAAGCAUGCAAUGAGUUACAGAACGCUCAGUCAAAGGAGCCACUACUUCAGCAUGAAGUACCCCAUCAUCCGUGGGAAACAGUUGGAACAGACUUGUUCCACUUUGAAGGUGACAAGUAUCUCAUCGUCAUAGACUACCGGUCUAAGUUUCCCUUUGUGAGGAAGGUCAGAGGUGGUUGCACCAGCUCGACUAUUGUGCGAAUCCGAAAGAACAUAUUCAGUGAGCAAGGCAUACCCUUGAAGAUAGUUAGCGACAAUGGACCACAAUUCUCCUGUCGAGAAUACAAGAGUUUCACAGAGAAUUGGAAUAUUCAGUGUGUGAAAUCAAGUCCUCAUUAUCCACAGAGCAAAGGACUUGUAGAGAGGGCAAUCUAG